AUGGGAGACAGAACUCUGGCCAUAUGGUAAGGAGCAGGAUAUUAUCACUUCACCACAUGCAACAUUGCCAAUGGAAAUACUAAUAUGAUCUAAAAUAUCAAUUUCCCAACUGACAUCGAAGGAUUAUGGACAUAUGUCUAUUAUUCAUACAGCAGAGCCAGUAAAUAAGCUGUUGCAUUCAUUCAAUAUGGUAACGAUGCUCCAUAAACAAUUACUCAUUCCACCUAACACAAAGAUACUAAAUAUGUCAGAUUUAUUUUGGGAGGUAAUGAUGAGGGUAGAUACCCAGGAUUCAAUGGUCAAUUCACAAGUGUAUCAAUUGAUUAAACUUUAUAUUGGUACAUCUUGAUGAAUUCAAGGCAUUUGUUACAAAGAUUGGAAUAAUUGACAACUGUAGGUUUGGUUGAUUAAGUCAGCAGAAGUUCUGAAGCAGACAUUACAAAAGAAGCCACUGUUGGAGGAGGUGAUUAGAAAUUCCCAUCUGAGUAUGCAAUUAGUGGUUGGUUCAAAUGGAAACCAACAGCCUAAGCAUCAUGGCAUAACAUCUUCAGAGUCUAAAUUAAGAAACCAUCAACUGAUAACUUCUUGGGAGAUAGAACAUUAACAAUGUGGGUUGGUACUCCUGAAGGAGGUAUUCUCCAUUUCCCAACUUACACAUAUGACAAUAUGGUAGGUGGAGGAAAUACAAAUCUCUACAAAAACAUUCAACACAAAGGAAGACAUACUGAAUGGUUCUAUGUUUAUUAUGGUUACUCAAGAACAAUCUCUAAAGCUUAAGUUUACGUGAAAUGGGCAUCAUCAGAUGAUGCUCUUACUUAUGAUAAUGUUAGACAUUAUUUGACUCCAGAAUUCUAUGUGUUUGUUGGCAGAGAUAAAUAAUAUCCAGGACUUAGUGGUAAGAUGGGUUACGUGAAAUUCAAUCUUGGGGAUGGAUCAUUCUUAAAGGAUCCAAAUCUCGAUCAUCCUUAAGAUGCUUUUGGAUUCAAAUCAGGAAUUGAUAAUUUAGUUAAGAAACCUUCUGCUGCAAUUGAACCAGGCACACCAAUUACUGAAGAAUUAAGCAACGGCUUCGAACAAAAGACCCCAGUUAUUGAUAAGGCUGCACCAGCUUGA